CGCCCGCCCCGACCCUAAAGAUCUCUUCUUUCUCCACCGCCACUCGUCCUUCCUCUCCUCGAUCCGAUCCUUUCUCGACGAUCCUCGGGGGUUCCCGGCCAGUAACAGAGCUUUUCUUGCGAUUGGGGGGUUCUUGAUCUUUCUGGGGAUGGUGUUUCUGCCGUCGCUUUGGAGUCGGUUAAAUGCGCCUUAUUUGUGUUAUAAGGACGGGAUAGCUCUUCGUUGCCCUAGAGUGAAGGAGGCGCCUUCUCUCUGGGAGAACCCCCAUGCUUCUACUACUUCUUGGAAACCAUGCGCGGAGCGCCGGGAGAACGGGAUAUCAGAUCUUCCGCCUGAGAAUGAAACUUCUGGCUAUAUAUUUAUUCAUGCUGAAGGUGGUCUUAACCAGCAGCGUAUAGCUAUAUGUAAUGCUGUUGCUGUGGCUAAGAUAUUGAAUGCAACACUUAUUUUGCCUGUGUUGAAGCAAGAUCAAAUAUGGAAAGAUAAAACGAACUUUGAAGACAUAUUUGAUGUUGAUCAUUUCAUUGAGUAUCUAAAGGAUGAUGUUCGCAUUGUACGGGACAUACCUGACUGGUUUACAGACAAAGCCGAGCUUUUCACCAGUAUAAGGCGUACUGUAAAAAAUAUACCCAAGUAUGCUCCUGCACAGUUCUAUAUUGACAAUGUACUUCCAAGGAUAAAAGAAAAGAAGGUUAUGGCCCUUAAACCCUUUGUUGAUAGGUUGGGGUACGACAAUGUUCCACCUGAAAUAAAUAGGCUGAGGUGCAGGGUUAAUUACCACGCCUUGAAAUUUUUACCUGAGAUCACACAAAUGGCUGAUCUUCUUGCAUCAAGAAUGAGGAACCGUACUACCGGUGGAAACCCUUAUAUGGCACUUCAUCUGAGGUUUGAGAAGGGAAUGGUGGGUCUUUCCUUCUGUGACUUUGUUGGGACAAGAGAGGAGAAAGCAAUGAUGGCAGUAUAUAGGCAGAAAGAAUGGCCAAGGCGGUACAAGAAUGGAUCUCAUCUUUGGCAAUUAGCAUUGCAAAAGAGAAAAGAAGGACGCUGCCCUCUUGAGCCAGGAGAGGUAGCUGUUAUCUUACGUGCAAUGGGAUACCCUAAAGAAACACAGAUAUAUGUUGCCUCUGGACAGGUUUAUGGUGGCCAGAACAGAAUGGCUCCUCUUAGAAAUAUGUUUCCAAAUUUGGUGACUAAAGAGGAGUUGGCCAGCAAAGCGGAGCUGGAUGUUUUCCGGAAGCACGUAACAAGUCUUGCUGCCCUUGAUUUCUUGGUGUGCUUGGAAUCUGAUGUCUUUGUUAUGACCCAUGGUGGCAAUUUCGCCAAACUGAUAAUAGGGGCUCGUAGAUAUAUGGGUCACCGGCAUAAGUCUAUAAAGCCGGACAAGGGGCUCAUGUCGAAAUCCUUUGGAGACCCUUAUAUGGGGUGGGCAUCUUUUGUCGAGGAUGUUGUCAUCACCCAUCAAACACGCACGGGUCUGCCCGAGGAGACAUUUCCGAACUAUGAUUUGUGGGAGAAUCCUCUAACACCAUGCAUGUGUAGAGCAUGAGCUACUAAUUCUUCUGUAUAUUUUGGCCCCUUUUUGUAGAUUAAAUCUUCCUUGUUUUUUGUCCACUUAUUUUAUUGUUACAUGUCUAUUUUCGGCAUUUUUCUUGAUCGGAUUAAUGAUGAUUUUUGUUGUGUAAUCUGGCAAGAUAGGAAUGAUGAUGAGUACUUGUGUU